CCCGCGCACGGCGGCGGGUACGGUGGCCGGCAGGGGCCUGGCGGCGCGUUUCCUGGUGCGCGGCGGGGCCGCGGUCGGUCCCGGUCCCGGUCCCGGUCCCGGUCCCGGUCCCGGUCCCGGUCCCGGUCCCGGUCCCCGCCCCGCGAUGGAUUUUUCCCGGUUCCUGUCGGAUGACUUCGAGGUGAAGAGCUGGGUGAACGCGGCCUUCCGGGCCGUGCAGCAGGAGGCCCCCGGGAAGGUGGACGCCCACGCCGCCACGCUGGUGAUGAAGCUGCAGCUCUUCAUCCAGGAGGUCAACAACGCCGUGGAGGAGACAAGCCACCAGGCUCUCCAGAACAUGCCCCGAGUCCUCCGGGAGGUGGAAGUCUUGAAACAGGAGGCAACGUUCCUGAAGGAGCAAAUGAUCCUUGUUAAAGAAGAUAUCAAAAAAUUUGAAGAAGACACGGCUCAGUCAAUGCAGGUGCUGGUAGAGAUUGACCGAGUGAAAUCUAGAAUGCAGUUGGCUGCCGAGUCACUUCAGGAAGCAGAUAAAUGGAGCACGUUAAGUGCAGACAUUGAAGAGACUCUUAAAACACAGGAUGUGUCUGUGAUUUCGGCCAAGCUAACCAGUAUGCAGAGCAGCCUGGCCAUGCUUGUGGAUACGCCGGAUUACUCCGAGAAGUGCGUGCAUCUUGAGGCUCUGAAGAACCGACUAGAGGCCAUGGCCAGCCCUCAGAUUGUUGCUGCUUUUAACUCCCAGUCUGUAGAUCAGGCAAAAACGUUUGUUAAAGUCUUCACUGAAAUUGAUCGGAUGCCCCAGCUUCUUGCUUAUUAUUAUAAAUGUCACAAGGUGCAGCUGGUGGCAGUGUGGCAGGAUCUUUGCCAAAGUGACUUAAGCUUAAAUCGCCAGUUGACUGAACUGUAUGACACGCUCCUUGGGACCUGGCACUCACAGCUCCAGUGGGCAGCGCAGGUUUUCAAGAACCCCUAUGAGAUUGUGACUGUAUUGUUGAUUCAAACUCUGGGAGCGCUGGUGCCUUCCGUCCCUGUCUGCCUCAGCACUGCCGUGGAGAGGACAGGCCAAGAAACCAAGCUGAAUAAGCUGCUGGAGCUCUAUGAUGCCACCAUCCACUUUGCAAAAGGGCUGGAAGUAGCAAUGCUGCCAAACCUGAAGGAGCAGAACCUGGUAAAAGUGAUGGAACUGGUGGAAGCGGUGUAUGGUCCGUACAAGCCCUAUCAACUUGAAUAUGGAGACCUGGAAGAAGAAAAUCUCCUCAUUCAGAUGAGCGCAGUGCCCCUGGAGCAUUGGGAAGUAAUUGACUGUGUCCAGGAACUGAACCACUCGGUCAACAAACUCUUCAUUCUGGCUUCUGGCGCCAUCGACAACUGCGUUAAACUCACGGAUGGACUGGGAGUGUGUGGGCUCCUUAAGGCCCUGAAAGCUCUGUUCACAAAGUAUACAUCUGACUUUACAAAUACAUUGCAGUCUAUACGGAAGAAAUGUAAACUGGAUGAUGUCCUAUCAGAUUCCCUUUUCCAGGAGGACUGGACUGCAUUUCAAAACUCUGUCCGGAUAAUUACUACUUGUGGUGAGCUCCUUCGUCAGUGUGGAGACUUUGAGCAGCAGCUGGCCAACAGGAUUUUAUCGACUGCUGGGAAGUAUCUCUCGGACUCCUACAGCCCUUGUAGUUUUUCUGGCUUUCAGGAUACCAGUUCUGCAGAAAAGAAGAGCUCUGUAAAGAAUCCCUGGCAGGAAUACAAUUAUCUUUUGAAGGAGAAUCCAUCUGAGUAUGCCAGCCUUAUGGAAACGCUUUACACUCUAAAGGAAAAAGGGACAAGUAACCACAACCUGUUGUCUUCGUCGCGCUCUGCCCUAAGCCGCCUCAACCAGCUGGCACACCACUUGGCUUUUGAUUCUGUUUUUCUUCGGAUCAAACAACAACUCUUACUUGUUUCAAAGAUGGAGGGUUGGAAUUCUGGUGGUAUUGGUGAAACCCUGACAGAUGACCUCCCAAACUUCAGCCUGACUCCUCUGGAAUAUAUCAGCAAUAUUGGGCAAUAUAUUAUGUCACUUCCUCUCCACCUUGAGCCAUUUGUAACUCAAGAGGAUUCUGCUUUGGAGCUGGCAUUACAUGCUGGAAAACUGCCUUAUCCCCCAGAACAAGGAGAUGAAUUACCUGAGCUGGACAACAUGGCUGACUACUGGCUGGGCUCCAUAGCCAGAGCUACGAUGCAAACUUACUGCGAAGUCAUCCUGCAGAUACCGGAGCUCACAGCACACGCCACGAAGCAGCUUGCCACCGACAUCGGAUCAGCUCCCCUGCUAUGGCUGCCUUGUCGUCCUGCUGCUCUGCAGGUGCUAGGUGACUGAAGCUACUUUCAGCACGGAGAAAUUUUCAGGUGCAAAAUGGGUGAUAGUUGGCACGUGUUGUUCAUCUCUGCCUUCUGCCAUGCCACGCAGUGUCUGAGGGAGGACUGAUGGAAGGUGUUGGGGAAGGUGUUUCUGCAGGAUACGGAGGAAAUAGUUUUUCCUUAUCCAAAGCUGAUGGGAGCGUCACCUCAGGACCACUACAGCUGUUGUAAAUGCCAGUUAGUCCUUUCUUUGCUGUAAAUCAUGGAUGCUGACUUCCCCAUGGCCAAGCUCAAAAAUAAGGAUACAGACAGUAUCUCUUCCUCAGCUCGCCUGCAAGUGUGCUUGAAUGCCAGUGAACUCAGCCUGAAUCUUUUUUUUUUCUUUUUUUUUUUUUUUUUUUUUUGGCAUUGCUUAAAACCAGCCCAGUAGAUUAGAGGCUGGUUGCUCGGCAUUCUCCCCGCCAUCCUGAAUUCCCCAACUGACUUUGAAUCAGUGAGCUGGAACUCCCUGCUGCCUCCACAGCCGCUCGCCUCUGCAGAGCUUCCCAGCUUGGUUUCUAGCUCUUUGCCGUUGAAAGUGCGAUUGUGGUCCUUUAUCUGUGACGGUGGUGACUGGCUACCCCAGGGGUGUUGUGUGCAGGUACUGAAACGUGGCAGAAUGUGCCUCUGUCCUCUCAACAAAACAGUUGUCUAAACUAGUGUACGGGAAGCCAGAAAGACGCAGCAGCCAGUGCAGAUGGUUCCAAACACGCUGCUGUUUUCUGCGGGUUUGUGCUAGCAGGGGCAGGAUUCUAGCUGCUGUGGAGAACGAAGGAUAACUUUCGUUUGCACAGUGUCUGUUACCUGUUCAAAUA